AUGUUUAAUGAAUGUCUUAUGUUUGAGGUGCACCACGGAGGUCGGUUUAAUAGGGAAAAUGGGGUAGCCUAUGUUGGUGGGGAUGUAACAAAUUACCCUGACCUGUAUGACAAAGAUGAGCUGUCUUUUUUUGAGGUGGAGACUGUAGUUAAGUGCUAUGGGUAUAGUCCCGGUGAUCUAAUUUAUUACAGAAUACCUAACAAGAGUUUAGAUGAAGGGCUACAGCUUCUGUCUUCUGACCAUGAUGUCAUUGAAAUGGUGGGGCACCACAAUGGUCAUGGAGUAGUAGAGUUAUAUGUGGUUGGGUUUAUUUUAUAUGAUGUACCUGUAGAUUUACCUGGAGGAGAGGAAAGUGUUGAUGAGGAAUAUGAAGAAGAAUAUGAGAGAAAUACUGUAUAUAGGAGAGAUCCAUUUUGGAAUGAGGUUCUAAGUGAUGACUCGGACGCCUUAGAAGUAAAUGCUGAUACGGGGUAUGGAGAGGCAGGAGCUUCUGUCGAAGGAGAAGAUGUAGGAGUAGAUCAAGAGUUUGUAGGAGAACCAUCACACGUAGUAGAAGAAGAUUUGGAAGCAGAAGUAGCAGUAGCUUUAGCUGCAGCUGAAGAUGAGUUUCACAAGGUGUGGGUAAGGUAUGAUUUCAGAAAAGCUAUUAAACAGGCCAAUAUAUUGAAGGGGAAGGACUUAGUUUACCAAAAGAAUUCUAAAUCAAAAGUAAUUGCAGUGUGUAGAGAGAAGAAUUGUAAAUAUAGGGUUUAUGGAAGACAGUUGAAGGGUGAGGCCACAUUCAUGUUGAUUUCACUUAGGCCCAAACAUACAUGUGCUCGGAAAUACAAGAAUCAUUUGAUUACUUCCAAGUGGAUUGCUGAGUGGUGCUUGGACAGUUUUAGAGAUCAACCGAACAUGCCUGUAGAAGUCCUGAAGAAGAAGGUGAAGAAGAAAUGGAAUGUUGAAAUCCAUCCUAGUACCCUAUAUAGGGCUAGGAAGAGGGCACAAGAGGUGAUUUAUGGGAAGUUGGGUGAGCAGUACCAUCGUCUAUGGGACUAUUGCGCGACAAUCAGAAGCACAAAUGUGGGGAGUUGUGUUAUUUUGAUGGUUGAGAGACCUAUGCCCGAAAUGCCAUGUAGAUUCCAAAGGAUGUACAUAUCCUUGGCAGCAAUGAAAAAUGGCUUCAAGGAUGGGUGUAGGCCUGUGAUAGGCCUUGAUGCGUGUUUCUUGAAGGGGGUUUACAAGGGGCAGUUAAUGGCAGCUAUUGGAAGGGAUGCCAAUAAUAACAUGUAUCCAAUAUCCAUGGCAGUUGUAGAGGCAGAGACCAAGGAUAGCUGGUCAUGGUUUCUUGAGGCACUAUUGGCUGAUCUUGGCCCCAGUGGUGUACGUAGAUGGACUUUUAUUUCAGAUAGACAAAAGGGUCUUGUACCAAGUCUUAUGGAGGUGUGCCCUAACGCUGAGCAUCGGAUAUGUGUGCGGCACUUGUACGCCAAUUUUCGGAACGACGGUCACCGGGGGGUGUUACUAAAGGACUUGCUGUGGAGAGCUGCUGCAUCUUACACACAGAAUGAGUUUUAUGCUGUAAUGGAAGAGCUUAAGGGCCUUAAUCUGCCAGCCUAUGAGUACCUUUCGAAGGUUGACCCUGCAACUUGGUGUAGGGGAUGGUUCAACACAUAUGCAAAGUGUGACCUCUUACACAACAAUUUGGCCGAGUGCUUCAAUUCUUGGAUCACCAAGUUCAGAGAUAAGACCAUACUGGUAAUGUUGGAAGGCAUUAGGACAAGUUUGAUGAGAAGGUACCAGCGGAAAAGAGAAAUUAUAGCUGCGAUGGAAGGCAAUGUUGGGCCAAAAAUUAAGGAGAAGUUGGAGAUAGAAGAAGAUGAGGCCGGACAUUGUACACCAACAUUUGCUGGUGAUGGUUUAUUUGAGGUCGAGUGCAGGGGUAGAAGGUAUGUUGUGAAUUUACCUGCCAAGACAUGUGGGUGCAGAAAGUGGGAUGUUUCUGGUAUACCAUGUGCUCAUGCCAUCUCAUCAAUAUGGCAUGGUGGAGGCAACCCUGAGGAUUAUCUGAGCCCAUACUUUGGCAAGGAGAUGUACCUAAAGGCAUACACACCCAUCAUCUACCCUGUACCCAGUGAGGAGCAGUGGGCUAGGACAAAUCAACCCAUCAUUGAACCACCUAAGGCAAGGGCAUCUUCGGGAAGACCUAAAAAACUGAGGAACAGAGGGGCUGAUGAGACCUUAAAUCCCUACACAGUUAGAAAGGGUGGUACGAAGAACCAAUGUAGGAUGUGCAAAAAAUAUGGUCACAAUACUAGAACAUGCACUGCGAGGAUGCGACAUGAUGAAAGACAAGAACGUAGGCGGAAUUUCUAUAGAAAACAUGCAGCAGAUCUUGACUGCAAUCUUGACAGGUUGGAUGGUUCAUCCAGUGCCCCAUCUGUGGCCCAAUCUACUGCAUCAAUGCCAAGUGCCCCAUCCAGUGCCACAUCCAGCGCCCCAUGUGUUGGUAAUCCUACUCACCCAACAGGAAGUAGGGGUCAAAAGAGGAGAAAAGAAGAUGGUUCAAGAAGUACGUCUGGACAAGGUCAGGGAAGGGGUGCAAGCAGUGCAUCUACACAAAGUCGAGGUCAAAGGAGCACAAAAGGAAGGGCUGCAAGCAGUGAAGGGGAAGGACAAGGUCAGGGUGAAGGCAUUGCAAUUGCACAAGGUAGAGGGCAAAAUACGAAAAGAGGAAGGGGUGAAAGCAGUACAACUACUGCACAAGGUCGAGGUCAAAGGAGCACAAGAGGAAGGGGUGCAAGCAGUCAGGGUGAAGGCAUUGCUACUACACAAGGAAUGCACAAGAGCAAAGGAAAACUCCUUGUCGAUCUCACUGGAAACCCUACUGGACCACCGAAAGUUCCAGGGGGUGGACCAGCAUGCUCAUGGGGUCCUCCCAGAAGUGCAACUGGUAUCACUUUUAGAGUUGCUCCCCCUGAUUUCGACAUGCACAAUUUGGUUGCUGCAUCCACUGUCAUUCCUCAACCAGAAGUACAAGGAGUUGCAAAGAAGAAUGACAAAGGGAAGAAAAAGAUGUGGAGAGUCUGA